CACACACACUCUCCUUACCGUCAGCUUUCUGCUUGCCACGGUCAGAGUGGGCAGUCAGUGAAUCUUCCCCAAGUGCUGACAUUUAAUACCUGGUUUAGCGGCAAAGAUUCAAAGAGGGGUGAGCAGCCCCUUUGGCCUUCAGGUAAAAGAUCUACCCAUCAUCAGAAAAUAUGUCACUACAGAUGGUAACAGUCAGUAAUAACAUAACUUUAAUUCAACCAGGCUUCUCACUGAUGAAUUUUGAUGGGCAAGUUUUCUUCUUUGGCCAAAAAGGCUGGCCCAAGAGGUCCUGCCCCACUGGAGUUUUCCAUUUUGAUGUGAAGCACAACCAUCUCAAACUAAAGCCUGCAGUUUUCUCUAAGGAUUCCUGCUACCUUCCUCCUCUACGCUACCCAGCCACUUGCACAUUCAAAGGCAGCCUAGAGUCUGAAAAGUAUCAAUACAUUAUCCAUGGAGGGAAAACACCAAACAAUGAGCUUUCAGAUAAGAUUUAUGUCAUGUCUGUUAUGUGCAAGAACAACAAAAAAGUUACUUUUCGCUGCACUGAGAAGGACUUGGUAGGAGAUGUGCCGGAAGCCAGAUACGGUCAUUCCAUUGAUGUGGUAUAUAGUCGAGGGAAGAGUAUGGGUGUUCUCUUCGGUGGACGAGCAUACAUGCCAUCUGCCCAAAGAACCACAGAAAAAUGGAAUAGUGUAGCUGACUGCCUGCCCCAUAUUUUCUUGGUGGAUUUUGAAUUUGGGUGCUGUACAUCAUACAUUCUUCCAGAACUUCAGGAUGGACUAUCUUUUCAUGUCUCCAUUGCCAGAAAUGAUACCAUUUAUAUUUUAGGAGGACACUCACUUGCCAAUAACAUCCGCCCUGCCAACCUAUACAGAAUAAAGGUUGAUCUCCCCCUGGGUAGCCCAGCUGUAAAUUGCACAGUUUUGCCAGGAGGAAUAUCUGUCUCCAGUGCAAUCCUGACUCAAACAAACAAUGAUGAAUUUGUUAUUGUGGGUGGCUAUCAGCUUGAAAAUCAAAAGAGAAUGGUCUGCAACAUUGUCUCUUUUGAGGACAACAAGAUAGAAAUUCGUGAGAUGGAGACCCCAGAUUGGACCCCAGAUAUUAAGCACAGCAAGAUAUGGUUUGGAAGCAACAUGGGAAAUGGAACUGUUUUCCUUGGCAUACCAGGGGACAAUAAACAGGCUGUUUCAGAAACAUUCUAUUUCUAUAUGCUGAAAUGUGCUGAAGAUGAUGUGAAUGAAGAUCAGAAAGCUUUCACAAAUAGUCAGACAUCAACAGAAGACCCAGGGGACUCCACUCCCUUUGAAGACUCAGAAGAAUUUUGUUUCAGUGCAGAAGCAACUAAUUUUGAUGGUGAUGAUGAAUUUGAUACCUAUAAUGAAGAUGAUGAGGAAGAUGAGUCUGAGACCGGCUAUUGGAUUACAUGCUGCCCUACUUGUGAUGUGGAUAUCAACACUUGGGUACCAUUUUAUUCAACCGAGCUAAACAAACCUGCCAUGAUCUAUUGCUCUCAUGGAGAUGGGCACUGGGUCCAUGCGCAGUGCAUGGAUCUGGCAGAACGCACGCUCAUCCAUCUCUCAGAAGGAAGCAGCAAGUAUUACUGCAAUGCGCAUGUGGAGAUAGCAAGAGCAUUGCAAACCCCAAAAAGAGUCCUGCCCUUAAAAAAGCCUCCACUGAAAUCCCUCCACAAAAAAGGUUCUGGGAAAAUUCUCACUCCUGCCAAGAAAUCCUUUCUUAGAAGGUUGUUUGAUUAGUUUCACAAAAGCCUUUCAGAUUCAAGUGCAUCAAAUUUGUAAACCUAUUUUAAAGAAUCAUAACAAUGAUAAAAUGAUAUGCCUAUUUUCAUUUAUUGAAAAUACCUGUGUUUUUUAGUUAUAUGAAUUCAGGGCCAGUUAAAAGUGUUUAUAACACAAUGCUAAGUACUUGAAAAUGCUCUACUCAAAUAUUUUACUCAAAUAUCUUAAAUGAGAAUUUCUGAUCUGAUUUUUUUCGUUCAAAGAAUCUUAAAUACAGAAGCAGCAAUAAUAAUAAAAUAGAUGAUAGAUAUUAAUAGAUAAAUAGGUAGACUCCAUUGACAUGAAAAAAUAGAAAAGAAAUCUGCAGUUUGUUACAUUUUAUCAAGUUAUCUGCAUGCACUUUCUUCAAAGGAGCUCCCAUUGUAUGGUAUACAAAUGAUGAACCAAAGCCAGUCACUUGAACCAAUUCUUGGAGAGAUUUAUUGAAAACUGAAGUCCACUGACACUUAGCACUCUGAUAAAGGAAGAUGAGCGAAGAGUACACUAAAAAAGACCACAAAAUAAAUCUCAUGGUGCAGACUAAUGUUGUUUAUUUCCCCAAUAAUAAAAUUUUAAAUAAUUUCCGAUAGUUAAAAGGUAAAAGAUUUCAAAUGGGGAAAAAUAAAUUUGUGUAUGUGUCUAAUUAGUAUGUGGAGUUUGCUGCCAAUGAAAAUUAUAAAAUGGGUGAGCUUUCUAAGGUUUAAUUAAAUACUUUCUAGAAUGAAGGUUAAAAGGAUUGUUAAUUUUGAAGCUUCAAGACAUCAACUGAUAAAUAGAUGAUCUUAGAAACAAAUACCUUCCCUUGUGGAGUACCUUUCUGGAAAAGCAUUGUAGGAGCCUAAGCCAUAGCCUGUUAUUCAUCAAUCUUCAAUGAGAGUCCACAAUGUGUAAGGUGCUAUUGCAAAGUUUAGGGAAACACGAACCAUACAAGAGAAAAAAUCCUGGGACACAAAGUCUUCUGCUAACUGUUCCAUGUCUUAGAUAUUAAAAUUAACUUGAAUAAAUUAAAUCAUCUUCAUUUUCUUUCACUAAUGUUGCUUGAUGAAUAUUCCUUUUAAAUAAUUUACUGUACCAUUGUUUUGAUUUUUUGU